GUCCUCUGUCUUCACCAGCUGGGACAGUCACUGAAGAACUGCCUCGUAAUCAUCCACUUCCUGUCCUAAAAGAAUGGAUCCCCAGAGCAUGAGGGAAGACCUCCGUCUGUUUCAGAGCACUUUGCUGCAGGAUGGACUCAAAGAGCUUCUGAAUGAGAAUAAGUUAAUUGACUGUAUCCUGAAGGUUGGAGACAGAAGCAUCCCCUGCCAUCGGCUCAUUCUGGCAGCAUGUAGUCCUUAUUUCCGGGAGCUUUACUUCUCAGAGGAUGGCAACGAAGUAGACAAAACGGAGAUUGUUCUGGAGAACCUGGACCCCAAUGUUAUGGAGGUGAUUGUGAAUUACAUGUACUCAGCAGAGCUUGACAUCAACGACAACAACGUACAGGAUAUUUUGACUACUGCCGGUCGCUUUCAGAUCCCCUCAGUGUUCACAGUUUGUGUGAAUUACCUGCAGAAGAAGUUGUCGAAGAAAAACUGCCUUGCCAUCUACAGGCUGGGACUGAUGCUGAACUGCGCAAGACUGGCAAUAGCAGCUCGAGAUUACAUUGCAGAUCGGUUUGAAACCAUAGCCAAGGAUGAGGGUUUCUUAGACCUUGCUCCACCUGAACUCUUUGCUAUUAUUGGAGCGGAUGCACUGAAUGUAGAAAAAGAGGAAGUGGUAUUUGAGACCCUUAUGGAGUGGAUCAGGAGAGACAAAGAGAAGCGCAUGAAAUCCUUAGAAGAGGCUUUUGAGUGCGUUCGCUUCCGUUUGCUCCCAGAGAAGUACUUCAAGGAAAAGGUAGAGAAAGACGACAUCAUCAAGGCUGAUCCUGAACUUCUCAAGAAACUAAAGGUCAUCAAGGAAGCCUUUGCAGGGAAGCUGCCAGAGAGGCAAAAGGGACAAGAUGAUGAGGAAGGAGAGGAGGGCAAGUUGCCUGGCUACCUUAAUGAUAACCGCAGAUAUGGCAUGUAUGCCAAAGACAUGGUGUUGAUGAUCAGUGACACUGCUGCCGUGGCCUAUGAUAGCAAGGAGAACGAAUGUUUCCUUGCUGCGAUGGCUGAGCAGAUCCCCCGAAACCAUGUCAGUCUGAUAUCAAAGAAGAACAAUCUGUUUGUGUUGGGAGGACUCUUUGUUGAUGAAGAGGACAAAGAAAACCCGUUGCAAUGUUACUUCUACCAGUUGGACAGUCUUGCGGCUGAAUGGAUUGCUCUGCCACCGAUGCCCUCCCCCAGGUGUCUCUUCGCUAUGGGGGAAUUUGAAAAUCUGAUUUUUGCUGUAGCAGGAAAGGAUUUACAGUCCGAUGAGUCACAUGACACUGUUAUGUGCUAUGACACUGAAAAAAUGAAGUGGACUGAGACAAAAAAGUUGCCCUUGAAAAUCCACGGCCACUGUGUGGUCUCUGAGAAUGGGCUGGUGUACUGUAUUGGAGGCAAAACAGAUGACAAUAAAGCAACCAACAAGAUGUUUGCAUACAACCACAAGAAGUCAGAGUGGAAGGAGGUGGCUUCCAUGAAGACACCCAGAUCAAUGUUUGGAGCAGUCGUCCAUAAAGGGAGGAUUAUUGUGGCUGGAGGAGUCAAUGAAGAAGGCCUCACAGCUGCAUGUGAAGCCUAUGACUUUGGAACCAACAAGUGGUCACCCUUCACAGAGUUUCCCCAGGAGAGGAGUUCGGUCAACCUGGUCAGCUGUGGUGGGCUGCUGUACGCUGUAGGAGGCUUCGCCAUGGUGGAGAACGAUAACAAAGAGUGUGCGCCCAGUGAAAUCAUUGACAUUUGGCAGUAUGAAGAUGGCAAGAAACAGUGGACUGGUAUGAUCAGAGAGAUGCGUUAUGCAGCUGGAGCCUCCUGUGUGUCCAUGCGUCUGAACACAGCCAGAAUGCCCAAACUGUAACAACAGUUCAGGGACAUUCAGUUUGCUACUGUAGGAGGGUUAUUAUUAACGUGCUCUUAUUUAGUGGUUCAUUGUUGUCAUUUAUCAAUUUAACAUAUCAGACACGACUUUGCCUAUACUGAGUUUUUUUUUUAAUGAAAUUUAUCAUGAUGUUAAAUAUUUAACAUUGAACAGUUACUGUUAUUUGGACCAGAAAUUGUUUCUUCAGAUUGUACUCAUUACAUAACAUUAUUUCAGCCAACUUGUAAUGGUUCUGAUAGAAAUAAAUAUUUUCUUCUGCCAAUCUGGAAAUGUUCCUAUUUCAUACAGCAAGAAUGUGUAGUUUGUUACUCUUCAGUGUUACAAUAUCAUCACCCACAGAUUCACUGUGUUUGACAUUUUAGAUUGGUUUUUGUUUUUCGAAGCAACGCUUGGAGUAC